UCGGCGCACAGUCGCAUCGCACAACGUGCGCCCGCCCACUCGCCACUCGUCUGCGUUAACUUUCCGCGGCAAAGAUUCCCGCAUCUCGGACUUUUCAGCGUCGUCGUUUCAGCGACGCAGACGCCGCGACGUUUCAGUCCUCACGCGCACACCAAACGCGCCGGUCCUACUCACUCACGCCGAAGACAAUUCCAAACAGCUUCACCUCUCACGCGUGUGUACAAUUGUGACCCGCAUCACCGACAAAAUGUCUUUUAGUGAUGAUUUAGUGGCGAGACUUUGAUUUUGUGAACGGAUCUAACACAUUUUUGGCGAUUAUUUCAACCUGAUAUUCACGUACUGUAAACCGCAAAAAUUCAGUCACGAUGAAGAAUUUUAUUAUAAUUUUAUUCGUUUUACUCACGGGGACAUUUGCAAUCGACCCGGAUGAAGACGACAUCUCACCUGGACCAGCCCUGGCCAAACCAACGAAUUUAAUCGAUACGAAUGAUUACGAAUCAGUUGAUAAAAACACAUAUCCAAAGUUUACAAGAUUAAAUGUUAAGUAUUCAGGGAAUACAGCGAUUAUACGAUGCAAAGCAACUGGUAUCCCUACACCAAACAUAACCUGGUUUAAAAACAAUGAGUUACUCAAAGAUCCUUUGUUACGUUAUGGUAACUUUUCCAUCACCUUAGAAGAUUUGACCCCUUCUGAUCAAGGGAACUACACGUGUCAUGUCUGUAACAUAAUGGGUUGCAUAGAUCAUACACAUCCGAUUGAAGUAAUUGAUGGUACCCUUGACUAUGAACCCUCCACGAUGAUUCCCAAUGAAGAAGAAACCGAACUGGAAGUAGAGCAUGAAGAAACCCCAACAGCCAAGCCUAACCAAAACACACUACCAAAAUUCGUCCGGAAAAGCAUGCCGUUAUUCAAUGCCAAACCAGCUGGAAGUACCGCGACACUAAAAUGUAAAGCAACCGGAAAUCCAGCUCCAAACAUAACCUGGUCUAAAGAUAAUGAACUCCUGAAGGAUCGGGAACUUGGAAAGGUCCGCUACGGCAGCUUUUCCAUCGCUUUGGAAGACCUGGUAUCCUCUGAUCAAGGAAACUACACCUGUGAUGUCUGUAAUAUAGUUGGUUGUAUAAAUUUCACCACCCGGUUGGAAGUAGUCGAACGCAUCAAAUCACGACCAUUGAUAAAAGAGGGCUUUCCUGGUAAUCAGACCGUGCUGGUAGGGACCGAAGUCAACAUAUCCUGCUCGCAGGUCUUUGUUGACCUGCAACCAUACGUUGAGUGGAUGUACUCAAGGGUAUCCAUUCUAAACCAGCUCAAUGAUAUAUUGUUCAAAAACAUUACCGUGUUACAUAAUGUCUCGUAUUCCUAUAAGCAGCUCAAUUGGCAUGACGAAGUCUAUGUCAUACCCAAUGUAACCUAUGAAGAUGAAGGUUGGUACACUUGUUACGCAGCCAAUUCACUUGGUGCCAGUCUAGCGCAUGGGUACCUUCAAGUUGUUGAUGUUCUAGACACGCCAUAUCGCAAUGAAAAGAUUUUCUAUGUCAGUUUGACUGUGGGUACCAUCAUCUUCCUCGCAGCGCUGUUAAUCACCACUUACUGGUUCAAGAAGUACAAAAGUGAGAAGAUCAAGAAGCUGAUUGCGUUGGAAACAGCACGCGCAACAUUGGUGACCCAGUGGACAAAGCGGGUCACCGUCGAGAAGAAGUACGAUGCCGAUAAUGCUUCCGAGCCGCUGCUAAUGCCCAUUGUGAAAAUUGAGAAGCAAAAGUCACAGAACAACAACUCGGCGAAUGGCGAAGUAACAGAAUAUGAGCUCCCGAUGGAUUCCGACUGGGAGAUCAAUCGGGAACUAAUGGUCCUGGGUAAAAGUCUAGGCGAAGGAGCAUUUGGGAAAGUCGUACGUGCCGAAGGCGUUGGAUUAAUCAAAUCCGGACAAAUCGGUGUUGUAGCCGUCAAAAUGUUAAAAGAGGGCCAUACGGACAACGAAAUGAUGGAUCUGGUAUCGGAAAUGGAGAUGAUGAAAAUGAUUGGAAAGCAUAUUAACAUCAUCAAUCUACUCGGCUGCUGCACACAGAAUGGCCCACUGUACGUGGUGGUUGAGUACGCGCCACAUGGGAACCUGCGGGAUUUCCUGCGCCAACAACGGCCCUCUUCCGGUUAUGAACCUGCGUUUGGUAUUGUUGACAAGGACAAAAAGAAUCACCUCACACAGAAGGAUCUUGUCUCGUUUGCGUAUCAAGUUGCUAAGGGCAUGGAAUAUUUAGCAUCACGUCGUUGUAUUCAUCGUGACCUUGCUGCACGUAAUGUCCUCGUCAGUGAUGAUUAUAUCCUAAAAAUCGCUGAUUUUGGACUUGCUCGUGAUAUCCACUGCAAUGAUUACUACCGUAAGACGACUGAUGGCCGACUUCCGGUUAAGUGGAUGGCACCGGAAGCUUUGUUCCAUCGUGUGUACACUACACAAUCAGAUGUAUGGUCCUAUGGGAUUUUAUUAUGGGAAAUAAUGACUUUAGGAGGCACACCGUAUCCUUCGGUACCUAGCGUUGAGCGUCUUUUCCAACUGUUGCGUAGUGGUCAUCGCAUGGAGAAGCCGCCAUGUUGUUCACUCGAGAUCUAUAUGCUCAUGCGUGAGUGCUGGAGUUAUCAACCGAACGAACGACCGAACUUUACCGAAUUAGUCGAAGACCUCGAUCGCAUUCUGACAAUCACAGCGAACGAGGAAUACCUUGACUUGGGCCUGCCGCCAUUGGACACGCCGCCAUCUUCGCAGGAAUCAAGCGGCGACGAUUGCGACGGCAGCUAUUAUUGAAUUCCGCGGCGUACACGUGCGGAAUCAGGAAUUUAAUCUGCUAGUCAUGCGGCAUUCGUGUGUAAAUACAGUAUACCACAGAUACACAACAAGAUGGCAGCCGCGCAGAGCGAGAUAUGUGUUGUAACAAAAAUGAUGUGCAUUAACUCAGUAUUAUGUGUGACACCAAAAAAAAAUACUAAAACAAACAUUUAUCGGCAUUAAAAUGAAAAUAUUCGUAUUUUAGUCGGAUAGUAUUUAGAUAUUUGUAGUGUUUAUUAAGUUUUUCUCUUCUUUUUGUGUUGAAUUUGUUUAUACUGCAUCAGUGUACCCAGUUCGCCCGGCGCUAAAACACAAUGUACAUAUUUAUUUAAAUGGAAAAUGGCAUUUAGCAGAGGAGGGUAGUGCUAGUGGUGGGCGCCCUCGAUGUGCAAUUUCAAAGUACAAACGUUUAAUUGCACGUCGGUUUUUAUUUUCCCAAUGUACCUAUAUGGGUACUAUUCGCUUUUAUGUGCAUGCAUGACUUUACAUUAUUAUAUUUUAUUAUUACGACGGCGUUUGUUGUUUAAUAAUAACCGUAAUCGUUUUACUCCGA